CCCGUCCCUCCUGGGCGGAGCUCUGUUCUCCCCCGCUGCAGACUGUGGGCGCCGGGGAGCUAACUUGGAGCGAGCCGGAGCCGGAGCGCGGCGGCCGCGGAGCAUGGAGCGGGCAGCGCCCUGAGCCCCUUCCCCGACGGCAGCAUGAGCUUCUCACGGCCCCUGCGGCGCUCCGUGAGCCUGAGCCAAGGCCGGACCCUGCGGCUGGUGGUGCUGGGACAGGGCGCCGUGGGCAAAACAGCUCUAACUGUGAGAUUCAUCACCAAGAGAUUCAUUGGGGAUUAUGACCCUACUCUAGAAAUGAUUUACAGACACACGGCUGUCAUCGAUGGGGAGAUGGUGCACUUUGAGAUUCUCGACACAGCAGGACAGGAGGAAGACUCCUUGCAGAUCGAGGAGAAGAUCAAGUGGGGCGACGGCUUUGCCGUGGUAUACUCUGUGACCGACCGGUGCAGUUUCGACGAGGUCAUGAGGCUGUGCUUCCUCAUCAACCACAUCCACUCGAGCCCCAAGCGGAGCAGUGGGAGUGACCAGCCGCCCGUGGUGAUUGUUGGCAACAAGAAGGACCUGCAGUUUGACCGAAUGGUGUCUUGUGAGGAUGGUGAGAACCUCUCCAAAGCCCUGAAGCUUCCUUUUUAUGAGAUCUCCACCAGGGACAGCUAUGAAGAGACCGUGGUGGUGUUCAACACCCUGUAUAAUGAGCUGAUGAGACAGGGGCACUUCUCCCCGGGCUCCUUCAAGAGGAGGGCCGUGUCUAAGCUGAUGGAAAAGAUUCCAAAGAUGCAUGCCAACUCCACCCUGAACUCGGGCGGCCGGAGCCUCAGCUUCAACUCCUUCAGGGACUACAUACCGGAGUGAGCCCCCACAUGGGCAGGUGUGGGAGAGAACAGUGCCCUGUAGCAGCCUGGAUUGGCAAUGGACAGGCUGCAGGCUGCUCACCUUCCCAGUCUAGAGAGCACUGUAUGUUGCAAGGGUGGGUCCUUUCAGGCAUCUGUAUUCCAGGAAGGUCACAAUGCAGAUCUAUGCUGGCUUCCUACAGGGAAUUAGCAAGAGGUGUGUGGCUCAUUGGGGUUGGUACAUCAGCCAUUCACCUGUAAAGCCCAGGGGUUUACUUCCUUGCUUAGAUUCAGCAGUGAAAACUCAUUUGGGGGGGGGGUCUCCCUCCUCCUCCUCCUCCUCCCCAUUCUGUGCACAUCACAAACUGCGACCGAAUUUAACACAAUUGGCAGGCUCCGCUCAGGAGAGGCUUGGGGGCACUGCAGGCUAGGACCGAGGUGCAGACCUGUGUUAGUGCCCAGGCCAUGAUUACCAAGGUCUGCUGUAGCGCAAAAUUGAGAUGCAUUGGUAGAAUUGGCAGGAAGCUUGCACAGCACAUGCUGUCAUUCUGCCUGGCUAUUGAUCUCUCCAUUCCAUGAACACAACAUCCACAACUUAGGCCAUAUAAUGGACAUUGGAUUUGUCAAAGCAGGUCAGACCAAGGGUCCGGCCAGCCAUGUCUGUUAUCUCCACUGGUGGCCAACACUGGAUGCUUUGAUUACAUACAGUUGUUGGUGUAUGGAUGCCACUAGCCUGGAAAGUAGCCAGAUCCUGCUUCGGCAAACUUCUUCAAAGUGUUUCCAGCAUUCCCUGCCCCCACCCCAUUUCCCACACUUACUUAGGACCUAAUUCUGCACCCAUCAAAAUCAAUGGCAAAGUUCUCAUUGAUUGCAGUGGUGCAGAAUGAAGCCCUUAGUGCCUCGGAGGUCACACCACUGUGACCCCACCAGCUGAGUUUGACUCUCAAAGACUUGCACACAAACACUCAGCACUGAAUGUUUCAUUCCACCUGCAGCCUGCUCAGAUCCUCUGAGUGACUACUUUGGUGAGCAUGGGGAGCCUACUGACACAGAGAUCAAGUGGCCGUAUUGAAAGAGCCUUAUUUCUGACUGUUAUAAAUGUCUUAGAUGUAUGUCUCUAGCUCAGAUGAUGGAGAAACUAUCAAAGGACCGUGUUUUCCCUCUUACUGCUCUCUAGACUUUUUAUUCACUUUUUUACCCUGAGGAAAAUAAAUCAAGUGAGAAAAGAAGAACAAAAUCUCUGUGAAAAGUGCCAGCCCCCAAAUGGAUUCAAAAUUUAAAGGAGUGCCAUCAAUUUGAAAUUGAGUUGAUUUCAAAAUAGAAAUUAAAAGCAGUUUGGUGCCCUACCCCUGCCUACCUGUCAAUCUGUGUGUUUUUUCAAUGCUAUUUCUCUGUUAGUGUUUGCAAUUUUUGUCUUUCUCAUGGCUGUCCUGAAAGAUUCACAGAAGCCGGGGAAACUGACUAGCAGCUAUACAGGAAACCAGUGAAAUGGACUAUGCACAAAGUGAAAUAAACUGAGAAGACCAACACUUUCCUGGAAUCUCUUUCACUUGAAGUGUUCUUAGGCGUCACUUUUAACAAUAACAAGGGACAACUGUGAGACAGAAAGGGGAUUUUCAAGUUGGCAAUAUCCCUGUGAGAGUUGCAUGAUGGGAAUCUUGCUGUCGCUCUCCAUAGGGCUGGGGGCAAGGCAUUCUAAUAGUAAGGUGUGUGUGCUACAAAGACACAGAUGCAGGACUGGCUCCAGGCACCAGCUUAGCAAGCAGGUUCUUGGGGCAGCCAAUUCAAAGGGGCAGCACUCCAUCCAGUGUCGGGGCGGCACAUCCGGGUCUUCAGCAGAAAUUCGGCAGCAGGGCCCUCAUUCCCUCUCUUCCUCUUCGAGCUGCCACCAAAUUGCCGCCAAAGAGGAAGAGAGGGAGGACCAACCACCGAACUGCCACAGAAGAAGCGACGCGGUUGAGCUGCUGCCAAAGUGCCGCCACUCGUCUUUUUUUUUUUUUUUUGCCGCUUGGUGUGGCAGAAAAGCUGGAGCCGGACCUGCACAGACAGAAGGAGACUUAAUGGCUCAGGGGAUUGGAGCCCUUCUAGGAUGUUGGUGUGACCUUCCCCUACCUGCCCCCAAGCUGUGAUGGGUAGUAACCAAAAGUUUCCAUUUGAUUAUGAGAGGAAGGAUGGUCUAGUGGUUAGGGUGCUUGCCUAGGAGACCUAGGUUUAAUGCUCUGCUACAGACGACUGUGACUUUAAGCAAAAAGCUUAAUCUCUCUGUGCCUCAGUGUCCCACCUGUGAAAUGGGAAUAAUAGCACUUCCCUAUCUCGCAGGGGCGAUAGGAUGUUAAAGUUGGUGAGAUGCUCCUAUGCCCCAGUAAUGAGGGCCAUAUAAGUAGAUAGAUUUGAUACAUAAAAUAGAUUUGCUGGCUGUACAGUGGCCUGUUUGAGCUGUUGCAAUCCCAUGUUACCGACUAAUUACUAGUGACACCUCAACUAUAGAAAGCGAAUGUUCUCUCUGCUUUAUUUUUCUGCAUUUAAACUAUAGCUGUCUCCCUUCCUGUCUGUCAGGCACUGACCCUGCAUCUUGUACUACAGAGAAAUGUUUAAAUGUAAAAGAGAAAACCGCUUACAGUGACAUUGUAUUAAAAAUAUGCCUAUUAAUCCCAGGUUUUGUGAAACCAUUUUUGGUUUAAGCUACUUGAGAAAGUGUCCUUUAAAUAGCACAGUAAAUAACAUCUUAGGCCAGGAAAGGCAAAGAUUUCAGGUUUUGCUGUCCUACUUCAGCCUAAAAGAUCCAGGCACAUUUUAAUGUGGGUUGGGUGGGGUUGUGUUUUUGUUGUUGUUGUGGUUGCUGCACUCUUUGCUGAAUCUAUGCAUCUUGUGUUCUUUGUCUCACUUUGGGUCCUCCAUCUCCUAGGGGAGGGACAUGCAGGCUUCUUGCACAUUCCUAAUAAAUCUAGCAUUUGAUUUAAAUUUCCA